UACUUGUUGGUUAAAUUACUAGAAAUCUAGCUGAACAUUAGUUAAUUAAUUUUGUUUGGUUACAAAUCCAUUUGCUAGACUUCCUUAGCAUGCGCGGGUUACACACAAAGAUCAUUCCUAGCUACCAGUUUUGGUGGAAGCAAAAUGUGGAGAGGGCAUGUCUAGCUGUCCCCAAGUUUAACGGGGAAAGAUAUCUCCUAGCUGCUGCUUUGCUGAGUAGGGAAGAAGUCGCCUCUCGCAACCAACUCCAGGCCCCGAAGGCUAUUGGGGGUACUAGUGAAACAGGGACGAGCAGUUCAGCUCCUCCUACAGCUCAUGGACCGAUGCCCACCGCAGAAUGGUUGGAGUAUGAAGAUUUGACUAGCCUUGACAUAGACCAGCUUAAGGGAUUGAAGAGCAUGAUUGAAAAGUGGGUGGCUCGAAGGGACAAGGUCCAAAAGAUUGUCAAGAUUUUGGCCCCGAAAGACAACAUUUGAACUGUUGCUUUUCGUUCUAACAGAUCGACGAAAAACGAUCACUCUCCUCUCCUCUUGUCUAACAGAUCGACGAAAAAGAAAAGGCGAAAUCCUAGCCGCCUCUUCUACACCGCCGUCACGUUCCCUCUCUUCUCCCCUUUGCGAAACCCUAACCGCCAACUAAAUCUGCUCUUCACCCCUCAACCUCCGCCGCUCUCCCUCUUUUCUCUUCGCGUUCUUCCUCUCUAAACCGAGAAAGGAAACCUUCGAGUCCCGUCUCCCCUCGCCGUCUCUCUAACUGGAGAGGAAAAACGGCGCAAGCCUUCCCCUCUACUCCUCCCUACGUUCUCCUUUUCUCGCGUUCUGGAAACGAAAAGGGACAACGAGGAAGGGUGUCGCCGACGACAAUUUGGAGGCAUGCGCCGCCAACGACGGCGACGGGGUUUAAAAUCAAAGGUCAGUUUGCUUUUUUUUUGCACGAUUCUCUACUAUUUUAGGUAUGAUUUUUAGGGAUUUCGAGACUCUAACCCUAUUUUUAUUGUUUAUUUUCCGAAAAUCUGACAAAAAUCAAGGGGGAAUACUAGAUCUAUUUAUUCGUGACCUCGAUCUCUUCCUCACCAAAACGAGGACGACGAGGGGUGACCCUUACCCUCUGGCAAGAUUUUUCCACAUUCAUGCUAAUUUUUGUUCGAUUUAUGCAUUAGAUCGAGAUUUAACCCGUUUUAGUUUUUGGGGUUUUUUUAGUUUCGGAUCUCUGCCGAAAGAAGAAAGAGAGAGGCGGUGGUCUUCGGCGGCGCGACCUUCGCCAGAGUCGACGUCGAGGGUUUAACUUAAGUAGGUUUUUUUUUUGCUAUUCUGGGUUUAUUAUUAUUAUUAUCAUUAUUUGGGGUUCUAAUUCUUGAUAUCCUUGAUUUUAUCAUAUCUCUUCAGUUUGAAGAAACUAGGUGAUACCUUUUCUAAACCUAAAAUGGACGGUUUAGUUAUCGUAACCAUGAUUGUUUAUAAGUAUCUUUGGUGUCAUGAAAGUAAAUUUUGUUAGAACCCCUGCUAGGUUUGUUUAGCCUUAAUAUUCUGUUUUGGAUUUGGUAGAAACGAGAACUUGCUUUAUUAAUUUUUUAAAACCUAUAAUGAUCCUAGGGUAUUUGGAAAUCACAGCUACUGCUUAUGACCAUCAAUUUGGUAGGAAACUCUCUAGAGUUGGGAUUUGGUUAAACAGUUGAUUAAAAGGCUUAUACGAAUUGGUAACAAAUGGAAUUCUCAAUG